GUUCGCAUCUAAAAUAUCCGAUUAUUCCAUGGUGAGAAUAAAAAUGGCAGCCCUCAAAGACGUUGUUGCCUUGUAUCAAAAUUUGAAACGUGAAUGGACAAAAACGCCAUGCAAUUUGAAGAAAUGUGGUGAAUUGCUCAAUCAGUUAAAGAUUGGCCUCACUCAUCUAAUGUUUCUCCCAACAUCAAAUAGCACGGCUAGUCAGAAUGAAUUGUUAAUCGCCAGAGAUAUAUUAGAAAUUGGAGCACAAUGGAGCAUUGCCACCGAGGAUAUUCCUUCCUUCGAAAGAUAUAUGGCUCAACUAAAGUGUUACUAUUUUGAUUAUAAAUCUGGUUUGAUGGAAUCGGCUUACAAGUAUCAGCUUCUUGGCCUUAAUCUCUUGUUCUUGCUAUCACAAAAUCGAGUCGCUGAAUUUCAUACAGAGCUGGAACUCUUGCCGUCUGAUCAGAUACAAUCAAACGUAUACAUCAGGCAUCCCUUGAGCUUGGAACAAUAUUUGAUGGAAGGAUCAUAUAACAAGAUUUUCCUAGCCAAGGGUAACGUGCCUGCCGCAUCCUAUAAUUUUUUCAUAGACAUUUUAUUGAAUACUGUUCGCGAUGAAAUCGGCGCGUGUAUGGAGAGCGCGUAUGAUAAAAUUUCCAUUCAAGACGCCGCGAGGAUGCUCAAUUUAAACACGGAAAAAGACAUAAAAGUGUUUGCCACCAAGAAAAACUGGAAUUUAUCCAAGGACGGCUAUUUUUAUUUUACCACGACCAGCGAGAAAAAAUCCGAGGAACCCAUUCCGAGCUCCGAAUUGGCAGCCCUCGCAAUAGACUAUGCUCGAGAACUAGAAAUGAUUGUGUAACGUUGCGACUCUGUAUUUUACACAUUUCAAUAAAUAUAAUUUCGCUGUUGUGCAAUGUA